GUAGGAGGCGGUCGCUCGCUCGGUUUUUCCCCCACUCGCGAAAAUCACAAACUUGUGCUCGUGUUUGUUGUGGUGAAUUGUGUCUUUUUAACUGUGUGCUAAAGUUUAAAGUGGAUUGUGGAUUUGAAAUGAUUUGGUAACGCAGUGGAAUGUGUGUGCAAUGGUUAAGUGUUAGUGCAAUAGUGAUGUGCCGUUACCGGUAAAUAUCGAUAAAAUGCGGUGGUGUGUGUUGUUGUUGUGCGCGUUAAAAUUCGCUACGGGUCAGAAUUGCCGCGGCGACGAACCGCGUAACCGCGAUUGUGAGAAUUUGUGCGAUAAGAAUGGGAAAAACUGCCGAAUCAACGCGGCUGUGUUGCUGCCUCAGAACAGCUCUUUUCUGGCGAAUUUGCCUUCUGUCCGACCAGUGUUCGACCUGGCGUUGGCAGAUGACGUCAUCAAAAACGCUUUCCCGCCCGACUUGUACGUGAACCUGACUACAUAUGACGUCACGGAUUGCGACGCUGCGUACGCGGUGAUUUCGGCCAUUGAUGCGUACAAUGACUGUGCGCAUGUGUUCUUUGGGCCGUCGUGUGAUUUUGCCCUGGCCUCGGUCGCCAGAAUCACAAAGUUCCUUGGCAGCACUGGCACGCCACUGAUCACGACUGGCGGGUUCACGUUCGACUUCGUGAAACAGAAGCAGACGUGCCUAGACGAGUUCUACAUGAUGGUGCGAGCAGGCCCAGUCGGAUUCAAGGAUUUGGCGUACUUCUUGAUAGAUCUGUUUCGACACUUCAACUGGCGGCAACUUCUUCUCAUCAACGACCCCGAGGCGCAAGUGAAUGUCGCCGGCAAGUCGACUUGCCACCUUAUGAUGAAGACCUUCGCAAACUAUCUGAAGCUGGAAGAAAUCAUGUACAUACCAUGGGAUACCACGUCUGAUGGUGGGCAGAAUUAUACUGAGAACCUGAAGUUUUACCUCGGCUACAAGUACACAAAUUUGACUGGACCCGUGCAGCGCUGCUUUUCGAUACGCCUGCUUUUGAAGCAGAAGUUGGAGGCAAUGGCGGACAUUUACUGGCCAGCACUAUUCAUCUUUACAUGAUUAGUGAGGGCAUCACGGUAUUUGGGAAGGAAUUAGUCGCGAGCCAGCCUCAUGAAGAGAUGUUGCUCCAGGACGUAGGAAAUAACUUCGCCAGUGAGUUU